UCCGACUCCCUUCCUUCCUCCCGCGUCCGAUGAGCCAUACGCCGAGGGCUCAGAUGGCUCCUCCACAAGACAUUGUCAUGGGGCCUCCCCCGCUUCCCCCUCAGGCAGGUCAGCCGGGAGCCGGGAAGCAAAAGGAACCCGACGUCGCUGCAAAGUAUAGCAGGCUGAAGAGGAAAUAUUUUGAGCUCGAGGAGAAAACCAAAGAAGCAAUGCUCCAGCUACGGAGCUCGGGAGAGCGAAAUGUAAAGUGGAGGUCGGAAAGAUCUCUCCUCCUUGACCGCAUCGCGGAACUAGAACUUGACCCGGCACGCAACCCCGGUGCCCCAGUACCCGACCCGCCAUUCACGGCCUUCCCCAAAUGCCUUCUCAACAACGCGAACCAACAGGCGUUUGUUGCUAACCUCCGCCUGGCCAUUGAUGAGCUUGAGCGCGAGGAUCCCGACAUCGACCCCCUCCUUUUGUCGCGUCAUAUCGGCCCCGCCGCGCGCAAAAGGCAGGAAGCGGAGGCAAGAGAAAGGCAGGAAGAGGAGUCGCGAGAUAAAAGGUCGGCUGCGACGACGCGUAAACCGAGAGGUGUACCCCCUAAAGGCAAGGACAUCGGCGCUCCUUUAACGUACGCCCCCGCCCCUGUCCAUACCGCACCGCCGCCCACAUCCAGUGGUCCUGGUCCAGUCCCAUCGCCCCCCUUCGUGGUCUCGAGUAGUGGGACCCGAUUGCGCCUCAAGCCUCCUGUACACCCUGGUGAAGGGCCUCCGGGUUCGUCGUCUAUACCUCCCGCACCUCAUCCUGGCGCUCAGCUCGCAGGCACUCCCCAUGGUUAUGUACGUCGACGCUCCGAAUCGCUCUCGCCUGUCCUUUCGCCGCAGGAGGAUUACGGCGGCAUCCCUCCUGAGGGCCCCUCGCCCUCGUACCAGCACGGGGCCCCGCCCGGUGCGCAGUCGCAGAUGCAAAUGACGCUGCGGACGUCGUCAUCUGCGGCCUCGCGACCCUCGGACAUCCAGCGACACACGAAACCAAAACGUCUCAAGGCACACACCGUCACCACCAAGAGCUACAGCAUUCCGACCGUUCCGCGUGACAAGCGCGGAAAGCCGAUUCUACCCCUCAACGUGGGUAUCAUGACCGUUAUCAACCUUGGAGAGGUCUGCAUGAGGGAGCACUUCCACACGGAGAGGUACAUCUUCCCGGUGGGCUAUGAAGUAACGCGGCGCUACUCAUCUACGAUCGACCCGAAUGCUGAAGUAGUGUACCACUGCAAGAUCCUUGACGGUGGCGACGGCCCCAAGUUCCAAAUCACCGCCGCCGACGCGCCAGACAAGCCGAUCGUUGCGGGCACCGCGACAGGAGCGUGGUCGGUGAUCGUGCGCGCGGCAAACCACAUCCGCAACCGCGCACACUCGAACUCGGUCUCGGGUCCCGACUUCUUCGGGUUGGGGCAAAACACGAUCAAACACCUCAUCCAGGAGCUGCCGCAUGCCAAUCAGCUGAAGGACUACGUGUGGCAGCACUUCACCGAAGGAGGAUCGCUCACCUUCUCCUCCGUCCUUCCUCUCCCAUGUAGACCCCUUGGCGGGCGACACGCUGCAGUGAUUCCUGCGUUGCCAGAUGAGCAAGAUUCGCCCUCGCCGGGGUCUGGCGGCAACGGCAAUGGCUACUUUGACCGCCCGGAGGCAGAGCCUAUGCCUGUUCCUAUCGCAGUGCCUGCUUCUGCUGGUCCUCAACAAGCGGUGCUCGGGAGACAUGGAGAGCUGCAGAUCAUCCAGGUCGAGAAGGAGGAUCCAUCGCUCCGUCCUCGUCACGCCCCUCCACAGAUAAACAAUGGUCCUAUGAAGCCCCUGACGUUCCACCAAGAGUAUCCCAACGCGCCACCCGAGCACAGAGGACGCCGCGGCUCACGGCACAACAAUAACGCGCCGGCAUACGACGAGUACGCUGGAAACGCGAUGCAGGUCGACCCCCAUUCCCCUACGCACUCGCGUACUGCGUCGCGCUCGCCCGUCUUGCAUCGCGAGCGCGUAGACCGCGAGCGUGAGAGGGACUACUACGAUCAUCAUUCGCCGGCCCACCAGCUGCCUCCUCCACCGCUGCCGCACACCCGAUCUCAAAGCUCGCUGCCUUCGCCGCAUCAUCGCUCCCCCUACGAGACGCAUGUGCUUGUCUCGAACGGCGGGGAGUCUGUGUACAGGGAGCGCGAACGCGAGCGCGAGCGUGAUCGUUCACCACCACCUCCGCCCGUCCCUGCUACCUUUGCCAGCAUCAUGAAUGCAUAUCCCGCACCACCUAUCGUGUCUCCUCCGACAAACGAAGGUGCAGGCGCGGACUACGUCAACGGCAACGGUGGCUCGCGCAGGAACGGUCACCCUUCGUACUCUCCUCCGAGCGAUCGGUAACGCCUUUGGCCUGGCCGGUUGCGCCCAACUUGUCGCUCGGUCGCAUUCGCCCUCAACCGCCCUUGCAAAGAACGCACCUCCUUUCAACUCUCCAAGCUUGUUUCAGCACCCUCUCCUUGGCAGUUCUAGGUCUCAGAAUUGGAUUUUUCUCUGCUCACGAUCAUGAUCCGCGGACCACGGUCUUCGUCUCCCGCAAACCCCCUGACAUGCUCGCUCUCCCUCCUGCUCUUGCACGUUGCAAAUGACACGUUUCUCGCUUUCGGUGCUUGUUGUGUUCUUGGCGAUCCAUUCCGCCCUCGUCCCCGUUAU